GAGCGCCACGGCGACGAGGCGAAGGCUGAGCUGUAAACGAGCUGACAUGCUGGCGUUGCGUGCCUUCUCUCCGGUGCUCACGGCGGCCGCGCUGGCUCGUCCGCCCGCCACCGUGGCGAGGCGCGGCUCCAUCGCCGCGUGCGGCGGCUCCUCGCGCUGGCACGCCUGCAUGAGCGCGCGCGACGCGGCGGCGUGGCCGGCCGACAAAGUGCGGUCGCAGUUCGUCUCCUUCUUCGAGGCAAAGCAGCACUCGCCGGUCGCGUCGUCGCCGGUCGUCCCGUACGACGACCCGACGCUCCUCUUCGCCAACGCGGGCAUGAACCAGUUCAAGCCGCUGUUUGUCGGCCAGGCGGCGCCCGGCAGCGCUCUCGCCAAGCUCAAGCGGGCGACCAACUCUCAAAAGUGCAUCCGGGCGGGCGGGAAGCACAACGACCUGGAGGACGCGAUCGACUGGGCGUGGGAGCUGCUGACGCAAGUGUACGGCCUCCCUCCCGACCGCUUCUACGCAACCUACUUCGAGGGCGACGAGGGCCUCGGCCUGGCACCGGACGAGGAGGCGCGCCAGCUCUGGCUGCGCUACCUCCCGGAGGAGCGGGUGCUGCCUGGCAAUGCAAAGGACAACUUUUGGGAGAUGGGGGACGUCGGCCCUUGCGGGCCUUGCAGCGAGCUGCACUAUGACCGGAUCGGAGGGAGAGACGCGGCGCACCUCGUCAACAUGGACGGCUGGGAGGCGCACCUCGUCAACAUGGACGACCCGGACGUGCUCGAGGCGGGCGGGCUGCUCCGCCCUCUGCCCGCAAAGUCGGUCGACACGGGCAUGGGCUUCGAGCGGCUCGUCUCCAUCCUGCAAGACGUGCGCUCCAACUACGACACCGACGUCUUCGCCCCCAUCUUUGCGGAGAUCGAGGCCGUCACCGGCGCCGAGCCGUACGGAGGCGCCCUCGCCGCCGACGCCUCCGCGGUGCUGCCUGGCACAGCCGUCGGCCGCGAUACGGCGUACCGUGUCGUCGCAGACCACAUCCGGACCCUCUCCACCGCCAUCGCCGACGGCGCCCUCCCCUCCAACGAGGGGCGCGGCUACGUCCUCCGCCGCAUCCUGCGCCGCGCUGUGCGGUACGGCCGCCAGAUGCUUGGUGCGGAGGAGGGCUUCUUCACCAAGCUGGUGCCCGCCGCGGUGGGCUCGCUCUCCGCCGCCUUCCCCGAGCUCGCAGAGCAGCAGGACCACGUGCAGGCCGUGAUCGCGGACGAGGAGGCGGCCUUCUCCUCGAUGCUCUCUCGCGGCAUCAAAGAGUUCAACUCGCGCGCCGAAGCAAUCAAGCAGGCCGGGGGAGGGGGCUUUGACGGCGCGUCCGCCUUCUUCCUCUACGACUCGAUGGGCUUCCCCCUCGACCUGACCGAGCUGAUGGCGCGCGAGGCUGGCCUGGCGGUGGACGUCUCCGGCUUCCAGGCGGGGGAGGAGGAGGCGCGGCAUGCACCCGCAGCCAAGGCACGAAAGGCGCGCUCGGCGGCGGCGGCCGCCGCCUCCAAAGGCGACGGCGCGCUGCUCACCCUCGGGCCUGAGCAGACGGCGCGGCUGGCCGACGAGGGGGUGGCCUUCACGGACGACUCCUUCAAGUUCGACCUUGGGGCGGACGCGCGGGCGACGGUGCGCGCCAUCUACGGCGCGGGCGGCUUCGUCGACGCCGCGGAGGCUGGCGGCGGCGAGCAUGCUGCGUGGCGGGGGGAGGGCAAGGUGCCGGACGUCGGCUCGCUCGUCGAGGCUGGCGGCGGGGCCACCUUCCGCGUCUCGUCAGUCCAGUCUUUUGGAGGGUACGUGCUGCACGUCGGCAGCCUUGAGAGCGGCUCCCUCUCUGCGGGCGAUUCGGUGCUCGGCGAGGGCGUCUCUCAGAAGGGGUCGCUCGUCGACGACUCGAAGGCGCGCUUCGACUUCUCGCACGGAAAGGCGAUGAGCGCGGCCGAGUGCGAGCGCGUCGAGGCGCUCGGCCAGCAGGCGCUCGUCCGGACGAUGGUCGCCGAGGCUCUCCCGGUGCACAUCCAGACGGCGCUCGCCAUCAACAACUUGCGCGCGGUCUUCGGCGAGCGGUACCCCGACCCGGUGCCCGCGCUGCUGGCCGCGCCCGAGAGCGACGAGUGGGAGCAGUACUCGAUCGAGCUGUGCGGAGGGACUCACAUCCCGUCCACGAGCGACUUCGGCAGCUUCGCCCUCGUUGAGGAGUGUGCCGUCGCCAAGGGGGUUCGCCGCGUGGUUGGCGUGGCGGGCGAGCUGGCGGCGGAGGCGGAGGCGGCCGGCGCGGCGCUGCAGUCACGGCUCGCCGAGCUGACGGCGUCCGCCGCAGGCGAGGCUGCGGCGGGCGAGGUGGAGGCGACGCGCAAGGGGCUGACGGCAGCCAAGCUCGCUCGAGGCCUUUUCUCGUGGGGGCGUGACACGGCGCUGAAGCUCGAGGUUGACGCGGCGACGACGUCGGUGCACGUCAAGGCGGACCGCGAGUGGCUCAAGCGCGCCAAGCAGCUCUCCGCCGGCGAGGCGGACCGCGCGGCGGCGGCGGCGGUGGCGGAGGCGAGGGCGGCGGCCGACGCGGGCGACAAGUUCGUGGUCGUGCAGGUGGACGACGUGGACGGCAAGGCGCUGCAGACGCUCGCGCAGAAGGUGGUCAAGGAGUCGGGGCUCGCCGUCUUCGCCCUCUCGGUCGUCGACGGCGACAAGAUCGCCUGCCUCGCCUCGGUGCCGAAGGGAGACGCCGACGCGCUGCCCGCCAACAGCUGGCUGCAGACCGUGCUCGCCGAGGUGAACGGCCGCGGAGGUGGCCGGCCCGCGCAGGCGCAGGGCAGCGGCACCGACGUGGCCGGCUUGCCAAAGGCUCUCGAGGUUGCGCGCGCGAUGGCCACCGAGGCGCUCGGCGGGCGAUGA